CAUCAACUUUCCUUUAUCACCACCAUCCAUAGAUUUUCUUCCAUUUUUUCAUUUAUCUCUUCUUUCUCCAAAUCCAAACCCUAGAAUUUCCAUCUUCAAAUUCCCCUAUAUUUUCUUUCCAAAAUCUCACCUUUUCUCGAUAAAGAUUCUCACCCGAUCCCAAUUCCCACAGAUCGGGUUUGAAUUCUACAUAAUCUCACCCUAAUUUCACCACCAAUUCACCUUCUCGUGGCUCUCAUAUGGGUAAGAUUCUUCGAGAAACAACGAGGCCAUCCUCAAAUUCAUCAUCAUCAUCUUCAUCACCAUCACCACCCUCAAUUCCAUCAACAACCUCCUCAACAUCGAUAACCGACACCAUCAAAGGCUCACACAGGUUCAAGAUAACGGGGUAUUCACUCUCAAAAGGGAUUGGAAUUGGGAAAUACAUAGCAUCGGAGAUUUUCACCGUUGGUGGGUACGAAUGGGCGAUUUAUUUUUACCCUGAUGGGAAAAGCGUGGAGGAUAAUGCUACGUAUGUGUCGCUUUUCAUCGCGCUUGCGAGUGAAGGGACUGAUGUUAGGGCGCUUUUUGAAUUAACGCUUUUGGAUCAGAGUGGGAAAGAGAGGCAUAAGGUUCAUAGUCAUUUUGAUAGGACGUUGGAGAGUGGACCUUAUACGUUGAAAUACCGUGGUAGCAUGUGGGGAUACAAGAGAUUUUUUAAGAGAACGUCAUUAGAGACUUCAGAUUACCUUAAAGAUAACUGUCUUAGUGUUAAUUGUAGCGUCGGUGUUGUGAGGUCACACACAGAGGGCCCUAAAACAUUUUCAAUUCCAAUAUCACCUUCUACUAUUGGUCACCAGUUUGGGAAGCUUCUGGAAAGUGGAAAAAGCAGUGAUGUGAAUUUUGAAGUGAAUGGCGAAAUUUUUGCGGCUCAUAAAUUGGUAUUAGCAGCUCGAUCACCUGUUUUUAGAGCUCAGCUUUUUGGUCCUAUGAAAGAUCAGAAUACACAGUGUAUAAAAGUUGAAGAUAUUGAGGCUCCUGUUUUCAAGGCAUUGCUUCAUGUUAUAUAUUGGGACUCGCUGCCUGACAUGCAAGAGCUUACUGGGAUUAACUCAAAAUGGGCAACUACCUUGAUGGCUCAGCAUCUGCUAGCAGCAGCUGAUCGGUAUGCCUUAGAUAGACUUAGGCUGAUGUGUGAAGCAAGUCUAUGUGAAGAUGUUGCAAUAAAUACCGUGGCUACAACUUUAGCUUUGGCAGAGCAGCACCAUUGUUUCCAGCUGAAAGCAGUCUGUUUGAAAUUCAUUGCAAGGCCUGAAAAUCUCAGAGCUGUGAUGCAAACUGAUGGUUUCGAGUACUUGAAGGAAAGUUGCCCAUCUGUUUUGACUGAGCUCUUGGAGUAUGUGGCUAGAUUUACUGAGCAUUCGGACUUCCUGUGCAAGCAUAGAAACGAAGCAAUACUUGAUGGCAGUGAUGUAAAUGGAAGGCGGGUGAAGCAAAGACUAUACUGUGAAAAUUGACCAGGUCUCCAGAGAACCCUGUUCCACUCACAUUCAAAAAUUACAGUGAACCGUGGAUAGAGGGAGAAGAUAAACAUUCGUAGGAUUAGUUGCAAUUUUCAUUUGUCGUAGCUUACUCCAUUUCUAGAUGUAAAUGUAACAUGUUUGGUGGUGUUGCAGGUUUGUCUUCGAUAGGUUUCUCACUUUCUAAUAUUUUGUUUUCUCUUGUACUAGUAAAACUUGUUUGAAAUGAAAAAUGUUGAUGACUCCUCUGUCC